CCGGAAGGAGAAAGUGGCCUCCGCCGGAAGCGGAAGCGAGGCGUUCUCCCUCUCUUCCCCCGGCUCUUCUCGCCCCACGCCUUCCGGGUUCCGAGGCCUGACGAAUCAUCCGCUCGGGAGUCUGCCGCUUGCGUGGUCGAGGUCCCCGGAAGGAAGCGGGGGGGGGGGGAGGGAAGGAAUAAAUAAGCGGUUUCCUUAGGAGGGAAAGCUCGGGACACGGGUGGUGAAGGAACGUGUGAAUGGGUGCUCGGCUGUGACUCGUGGGCUGGCAAGGCUCGCUAACUAGGUGAGGGGGAUGCUUGCUCUAUUCUAUUCCUGUCCAGGUCUCGCGGGGCGGGGGGGGGGGACAUUCGUGGCUCCCUCCCUCCCUCCGCUCAUCCUAUUUUGUCCUCACAACAACCCCGUGAAGUAGGCCAGCUUCGGACACGAUGCCUGGCCCAGUAUGAGCUUCGUGCUGCCUGAGCGGGAAUUUGAACCCGGGCCUGUUGAAUGACGCCUGGGCUGGGCGGCGCGCCGUGCCCGCCUUGCAAGCGCCCCUUAGCAAAGCUGGGGAAGCAGCGUCGACUUGGAAGAAAAUCGCAGCAGCUUCGCCCUGCACGACCUCAGGAUCAGAUCCUUCUUUGGGCUAGUUAGUUGAUCUGUAAUAAUCAUUAAUCUGAAAUAAUCAUGGCCCAUUUCUUUUGUUGUUGCAAAUCAUGGGUGAAAAAUCUCUACAGCUGUUAAGAAACUUGGGUGCUGUUUUCGGCAUGGGUUGGGGAACUGGCGGGGCCUCCAAAACUUCUUAAUAUUCAUAAGAACAUAAGGGGAUCCUGUUCACAUAGUGAGUGACCAACCCAAUGGGCCUUGGGAAGCCCGAAAGCAGUAUAUAGCCGUAAAAGCACUUGUCUCACUUGUGAAUCCUAGCAGCUGCUAUUCAUAUACACUAUAUAUUCAUCAUGACUGGUAGGCAUUAUUUGUAUUUUGAUGCUUCAUAAAUUUGUCCAGUUCCUCUUUAUCCAAGUUGAUGGCCAUAGUGUCUCUCGAGGCAGUAAAUUUCCUGGUUUAAUUAUGUGCUGUGUAUAAAACUAUUCUGUCCUGAAUAGUCUUAUUAUUCAGCUUGAGCAGCGGUCAAGGAUAAUGGGAGCUGUUCUUUCUGCAUUUCUGAUUUAUGGGUAUGAUUCUAGAAUUGGGUAAAUGAUUUGCACCAAGUUGUCUGGAAUACUCAGGAGCAUUUCAGAGGACAGAAGUGCUCCCAAAGCAUGUGAGGAGAAUGGUCAACCCCAGUGGUCCCUUGCUAAAAAAAAGUCAUGCAGUGGAUUCAAAGAACCAGCUUCAUAACCCUUGCUCUUAUUUGCAUUUUGUUAUCAAAUGCACAAUUUAUUCUAAAUAUAUAGCCACCCUUCUCUCCACCCCCUACCUCCAAACUGCUAGCUGUUGCGUUUGACACAAGUAGGUUCCUGGGAGCUUGAGAAUUUACAUUGGUAUAAGGAGUUCCUAGGGAAGAGAAAUAUGUCUUUAUUUGGAAUCUGCUGGAUUGAUUGCUUCUGUCAACAGGUGUCUUUUGUACAGGUACUGUAACAAGCUGGGAUUACAGGCAAGACCUCUCCCUUACAGCAGGUUCUUCUAAUAUCAGUUCAUUAUAUACAGUGAAGAUACCAGGCAGCCUGACAUCUGACUGGUCGAUAGGGGAUCAAAUACUUAUUUCACUCUCUGACUUUUGUCUUCUGGGGGGGGGGGUUUCCUGUUGUUAUUCUGUCUCCCACAGCUACACUAAACAUACUAUUAAAAUUAUGAACUGGUCAUUUCUUCGUCAGAGGGCAAACGGGCAAAUUAAGCAGGGGAUCAAAUACUUUCCCCCCUCACUGUAAAUGCAUGGAUUUUAUGUGGGUGAAAUGUAGCCUCUUGUACAAAAUUGACAGUCACAUUCAUUGCUUUGCUCAUCUCUGCCUCUGACCUGGUCCAUGACUGGGAUGAGGCCCACAGAAGGUUCUGCAUAAGGGAAAAAAGCCUCCCUGCAUUCACUCUUAACUGCAUCAGCAGUUACCAUGUCUGUGAUAAGGCUCUGUUAUAAACAGCCAUUGAGGAGGUUUUCAGAGUUUUGAGAAGGUAUAUACUUGUUGUUUAUUGCUUAUACUGUGUUUUAUUUAUUGUCUGCUUUUAAGGUUAAAGGAUGUCCCGUGUCCCCUUGGGGAAAGUCCUCCUGCGAAAUGUCAUCCGUCACACUGAUGCACAUAACAAGGUAUUGAGAAGUGUGUUUUGUAGCCCAAAACAUCUCUUGGGAUGUAGGAUAUAGCCUAGCUCCAUCUUUGAGGGUAGAGGAAGUGCUGGUGUCAGAUUCCCCUUCCAUUUCACUGCAGCAGCUUCUGUGGCCCUGGUCCAACUGAUGUUAGAGCUCCAACUCUCAGUAGGAUCCAUGGCCUUCAGAAAGGAUAUGUAGGCUUCGCAGUCCCUGAAGUGCCACUAAAAACAGCAAUUAAACUAUGCUAGCCCUAGAAACUGUGCUAGUCCUGUGAGACCUGUGGGUACAGGGCAGUAUAGAAAUUUAAAUAACAACAGCAGACACAGCUUUAUCUCAUUUUUCCCUCCGGGUAUUUCUGGGGGGGGGGGAGGGGACAGAAAAAGCUGGCAUUGGGGUACAAGACUGCUCCUCUGACCUGACAAUAAGAGCCUUGUGGGGUGUGUGUGCAUUGCUGGUAGUUCCUCCUUCUACCAAUGGGGUCAUUCCUGUAGAAAUGCAGCAAUUUGGUGGGUACUUUCUUAAACUGAUAUAUUUCUUUAUGUACCUCAGAUUCAAGAAGAGUCGGAAAUGUGGAAAAUUCGGGAAAUGGAAAAGCAGAACAAAGACAUUCAGUGGGGCAAGGAAAAGAGACUGCUUCCUGAUUGUUCCAGGUGGGACUUGCAUGUGUCAACAAGUGACGUUUCUGCUUUGCAGUGUUGCCAGUGCUGCAUCUGUUGCAGCAAUCCUUCACCACCACCAACUACUUUGUGACUCCUUACCCUGAUCAGAAGUCUGUGCUUGUUUCAGUCAAGGUUUGGGAGUCAGGAGAAGCUUAUCUGCACCCUCCCCUUCCUGUCCCCCACCAACUGAUGCUAUGGCAGGAAGGGAAAGGUCCGGCAGCCUGACCUUAGCAGAACCAUAGAGAAGGGAGGGACGGGGCUUCUCUUUAUAAGCAGGAAUGGGAUAUUUCUGCCCCCUUUCAGAUUGUUGUUGGAUUACCGUUUCUAUUGUCCCUGUCCAUUGGCCUGGCUGCCUGGGACUGGUGGGAGAUGGACUCUUAACAACAUCUGGAGAGCUACAGGUUCCCCAUCUGUGCUUGAAGGAGUUAGUGCCAAGGAAGGACAGCAGGGAAGUUCUAUCUUAGCAUAAAUUGGCCAGUUUUAGAAUCAGAGUAUUGUAGAGUUGGAAGGGACUCUGAGGAUCAUCUAAUUCAACCCCCUGGAAUGAAGAGCAGCUGUCCCAUACAGGGAUCGAACCUGCAACCUUGGCGUUAUCAGACCACACUCUAACCAACUGAGCUAUCUUGCCAAGGAAUAUCGUUUAUGAACUUCAUAUUAGGGAGAAAGUGUACCAUCUUUCUGUCAAAAAUUCUACUCAUAUUGAUCCAGAGCAGAUUCUAAUGUAUAGUUAGCAGAGUAAAAACUUAAAACAUGUUGCAGGAUUCCCCCCAAAAUAGACCAGAAGCAAUUACCGUAUUUUUUGCUCUAUAAGACACACUUUUCCCCUCCUAAAAAGUAAGGGGAAAUGUGUGUGCGUCUUAUGGAGUCAAUGCAGGCUGUGUUGCUUUCGCUGAAGCCAGGAGAGCAAGAGGGAUUGGUGCGCACUGAUCCCUCUUGCUCUCCUCACUUCGCUGGAGAGGUGCUGCGCAGCUUUCCCUCUGUGCGCAGUGCCCCUUCAGUGAAGCGGGAGGAGAAAUUGAAGGGGCUCUGCUUCUCCUGCCGCUUCGCUGAAGGGGCACUGCACAGAGAGGGAGAGCUGCGCAGCGCCCCUUCAGCAAAGCGGGAGGAGAAACGGAGCCCCUUCCGUUUCUCCUCCUGUUUUGCUGGAGAGGGGCUGAGCAGAGAGGGAGAUAAUAUUUUUUUUCUUGUUCUCCUCUAAAACUAGGUGUGUCUUAUGGAGCGAAAAAUACGGUAAUAUUUCAUCCAGCAGAGCUUUACUGCUACUGAAGGCAAAUGAGCAUAAUGGUCAAAAAUCCAAUACAUUCAGGAUUGGCACCGUCCAUAAGAAAUUGAGUUGCAACUUAACUUAAACUUACAAAACAUAAUAAGAUGAAAACCUUAACACUAAGCAUGCUAUAUACAGAACACCACACCAGAAGGAAAGAGAGAUAGAAAGUGAAUCCCAGGUGCCUUCUGGCCUUAUUAUUAUAGUCGGCAUGACCUUUACAUAAAGAGAUAACAGAACCAGUUUAAGCCAGCUUCUCAGCUCUGAAGGAAUAAUCCAAAUAUUAUGAACCUUCUGCUUGUUUCUAGGCAGAAUAGAAAUUUAUUUGCCAGCUAGAACUUCUAGCUUGCACCAGUUUGUAUCACACAGAGAAGCUUCCAGACCCCUCUUGAAUUAAUUAGAAUAGGAAAGAUCUCUACACGUCAGAUCAAUACUUUCUGUACCAAGAAAUGCAAACUGACACUUUCUUUACUACAGCACUGUCUCCAGGAAACUUAGCACUAGUGGGACAUUUCUCUCUAUGCACCCUGACAAACCCAAACCCAGCUAAGUGUUUAUAGGGCAACCAGGCUAAGAAACUGAGGGGCAUACCAUAGAAUGCAUGAUUUGCAUGCAGGUUGUCUCUGGUUCAAUCCCUGGCAUCACCAGGUAGUGCUGGAAAAAAGUCCCCUGCCUGAAACCUUAGAGAACUGCUCCCAGUCAAAGUAGACAAUACUGAAUUAGAUGGACCAAUGGGGUGAACUUGGUAUCCCAUAUUGUUUGGGGAGCUCCUUCUGAAUGACCUUCUUUUUAGUCUCUUUUCAUGGCUUGCCUUUUUACCUUUCGAAAUGUACAAAGCCUGCUGUCUUUUGUCUGCAGCAGCCGGAUGCGUAGUGAUGGGUUUGAUGAAGAGACCCAGCAGGCCAAUUGGAAGGCGAGGAACUUGGCUCCUGUGUCAGUAGAGAUGGAAGAGGACCUCCGGCAUGCCCGCUACUGGAACAAGAAGCUCUACGAAUGUGAAGCAAACAUGCCAGACAGGUCUGAAUGUUUACCGAUGUCGUUGAUAAGAAGUCCAUUCGUGCAUGUGGUGCUUUCCCAAGAAAAAAAUGAGUUCAGGUGACAGACCUCUGCCCCCAAGGUAUUUUGCUUUCUAGAUUUUGUUUGGCAGGGGUGAGGCAAGGUUAUGAGAGAGGACAUAUUUUAGGCCUUCCGCCAAUUGGGGGAAUCCUAAAGUUGGAGGAAUAUCUUACAGUGACAAUUUCUCUUCUCUUUUGAAUCUGCAAAGCACAUUUGUAGAUUGAGGUACUGCAGCACUAAAGGGUACAGUUCCCUCCAUCCCAUGGCCUGCAGCCAGAAGUGGUGCAGUCCAACAAAGGUUGCAUCAUGUGAUUUUUGCUGCCUGUGUCGCUUUGCUCUGUGGUUGCAUAGCUUGUAUGUUUGUGAACCUCUUAAGACAGCAUGGUGUUCUCUUGCAGGUGGGGCCACAGUGGCUACAAAGAGCUGUAUCCAGAAGAAUUCGAUACAGACAGGUAAAGCCAAUAAGGUUGCUUGUAAAAAGGGUGGGGGUGGGAAAGUAUGUUUGACCUUUUUAGACCUUCACACUAAUCUCUGGCUCAAUGUUGCCUGUACAAACCUCAAAUGCACAUGCUCCUUCCUUUCCUCUAGCACAGGAGUGAGGAUUUCAGAAAUCUAUGCUUCUAAGUCCGUGACCAGAAUGUGGAGGAGUAUCAGAAAGCAUGGUUGAAAUUUAAUGACUAUUUAGUUAAAUACGUUAAGUUAAAUUAAUUGGAAAUAGCUUGCAAGUACUAGAUCGGCCUAGGAUUUUAUAUAAUCCUAGUGAUGAAUUAAUAUGUUUAAUUCUGAAUAGAAAAAAAUAGAAUGAUGUUAAAUGAUUAAGUUUAUAAGAACUAUGAUUUGGAAAACCGUUAAAUGGAUAUGUAGUGAAACCCAACCAAGGGGAAGCGAGGAAGUCACUUACCAAUAUUAAUAAGUGUAAUCUUAAUAAGGUUAUGAUUUAUGUUUGUUUGUUUGUUUAUAAUUUUGUGAAAAUUAAUUAAAAAAAUUGAAGAAGAAAUCUCUGCUUCUAAACUAAGCUGAACUCACAUUACAGCCAAACUUGAGAAAACUCUGGUUAAAGUCUGGUUUGUUCACACAAGCCAGGAUGAAACCGUAGUAUGUGUUUGGAGCUUGUUCUCCCAAGUUUGGAUAUAACAAGGAACUCUGGUUAGUUUAAACCGGUGGUGGUGGGGAACCUGUGUUGUUUGACUCCAAUUUCCAUAAUCCCUGACAAAUCAGCUCUGCAGACUGGGGCUGAUGGGAGCUGGAGUCUUCUUCCCACUUUAAAAGCAGAUGCAGAUUGACUUAUGGCUGUUCUAGAGAAGGAGACAUGGUGUGCGCAUGAGCCUUGUGGACAUGUUUUAUUUUUUGUAUAACUUUUCAUUUUAAAUAAAAUGCAAAAACUAAACUGUGUCCAAACUGAGAUGGUUCCUUAUUUCCAUUACAAAACAAGUAAGGUGUGUAUUUUCAGUGUUAUACCUCUUAUUCCAGGUGAAAUUUAGCUCCUGCAGAAAUCUGUCUUAAACGCAUGGACUUCUGUAUCCCAGACUGUGUUCUAUGCAUGGGUAACCAUACCCCACAGCACACAGCCCUUGUGGAAGGUUGACCAAGGAUGAAAACGCAUCCUUAGAGCGAAAAAGAUUAAGCCACCUCCACUUUAGAACAUUGCUGAUUAUUCUUCAAUAUUAUGCCUUAAACUUUUGUUCUCUUGGCUGUGUUGCAGUGACCGAGAGCAAGAUGAACAAAACUCUGUGAACGGAAAAAGGAAGUCUCAGCCCAGCACGCAGUCUUCCCUCGAGUUGCCCAAAAGGAAAAAAGCCAAAAAGUCGCACAAGAAGAAGCGGAAAAAGAAAUCUCAUAAGAAGCGGAAGAAGAAGAAACAGGAGCAGCCAAGUGCCGCGGCAGAUUCUUCCCAGGAGUCUGACUCCUCGGAGAGAGGCGCCGGCAAGAGAAAGCGGAAGCGUCACAAAAAGGCCAAGAAGAGCUCUGCAAAGGCAGCCCCUUCUUCUUCCUCAGGGAAAGACAGUGACUCCAGCAAGGCCAGCAGCUGCCCCUCCAGCAGUUCUGAGGACAGUGAGCCAGAUAAAAAGCAGGAGAAGCAGCCAAAGAAAAAGAGACGGAAACGCCACGUGUCUCUCUCAGAACGGGGUGCUGAAAGGGUGCAGGAGAAGCGCAGUAAGAGGAAGAACUGGAAAGUGGCUGCUGAUGAGAAUUCAGAGGACAGUUCUGAUGAGGACUAGGGGAAAGGGACCAACACAGGGCAGGGCAGGGCAGGGGCACUGACGUUCUGGGAGAUUGGUCUCCAAGUGCUGCCCCCUUGGAACAAAUGUAGUCUGGGCAACAGCUCUGUGAUCCAGACGCCGCAAACCUCAGUUACUUGCAGGGGGCUUCUUUCAGUUUCAUGUAGGUCAGAAACUGGUCAGGAAAUGAGAAGCUCCCAGCCCAAGGCUCAUUUGUCCAGCCCAGGUUCAAACUUGAGUUUGUGACAAUACAGAAACUUAACUCACAAAAGAGCUACUAUUGGAGUCUGCAUAGAACGGAACUGACCUUGGGUCCCCUUUGCCUUUUUUGAAAACCUAAAAUCUAUUUUUGAUGGCCAAUACCUAACAUUGAAUUGCAAUAAACAAUGAAGGAGAUCAGACGCUCCUCAGGUUGCCAGGCUGUGUUUUGCAUGUACCCAUCUUAUUUGCAGGGUUGAUCAGAUGGUGGCAUACAAGAUGUGCCAUCAGGUCCAAAGGGCCAAGUGGAGACCAGCACAGGGCAUGUGGCCGUCCUAGGUUCAAAUAGGAUCUACUGGGGUUCAGAGACAACUAUCCAAACAACAAGCCACGGUAGAUUUAAAGUAAGCCGCCUCCGCUAGCUGUUUUUUGGUCAAAUGGAGGUUAUAAGCAUCCCACCC